GCAUACGGCUGCGAUUGGGUAUAAAACAUCAAGCGAGCUCUGGUAUGUUCUACUCUCGGAUGCAUACGUUGUCGUUCUACUGAUAUUAUAAUACUUACAAUUAUUGUACGUGGUCGAAGAACGGGAUCAAGAUGAAGAGGACGACACGGAAUUGUAUGCUGAUUACUAUGGUUGUGGUAAGUUCAUUAUACAAAUUAUAUUAUUAUGCAUACAAAAUAGCAAUGAGGUUGUAUUUUAUUAACGAGUUAAAAGUUAAAAAUUGAGUGGAAAAUGUAAGGUAUUUUUAGUAAAGCUACUCAACGCGUUACUGAUUUUUCUCCCGGGUACAACAAUGUAAAAUUUCUGAAUGAAGUUUUUAUUUGUUAGUAUGGGUAAUUAUACUAUAGCAUAAAAAUCAUAUAAAUAAUAUAUAAGCUAGAAUCGCAGAAAUUUAAAGUGAAUUUUGAGUUAGCUAAAUUAUGUGAUUAUAAACUACAAUUAUAAUUGUACGAUUGUGGGUAUAAUUAUAUAGGUACAUAUUAAUCUCCGAUGUCGAUAUUUCCCAAGCCGACAUUGGUAUUUCAGGAAAUCGAUAUGAAAAUUAACUUUACUAUAAAAAUAGUAGGUGUCGAUAAAAAAAAAAAAAAACAAUUACCCAGCCUUAAAAGCCAACCUAAUAUGAAUUUCGACCGUCUGACCUUCAACAUAAUAACCAUAAUACGAUAAUGAUAUGAGUUUCCGGUCAGACUAUUAUAAUGGUUUUUUCGUCUUCUAGUCGUGUUUACAAUUCAGAAUGUUCAUAUAAUAUUGUGUAGAAACGCAUGCGGGGUGUGUAAACACGAAACGAAUGGGGGUUUUUGUUUGUAUUUUCUAUAAACCACGUUUUUAAUGGAAAAAAUAUAAUUAACGGCUCAUGAAUAAUUCGCAUAUGUCACGCGAUGUUGGUGACCAAUGACUUUCCGGGACUUGCCGGUGCCGUGGUCCCGGAGGAAUCGAAAACAUUAAUGGGUCUCCACCCGUGGUCGGCAUCGGUUGCAUUUCGAUCGUACACGCACGACGAAGGUGCAAAUGAUUAUUUGUAAAUAGUGACUUUUGGACGUUUACGAAAGCAAAAAAAAAAAAAAUAAUUAUAAAAUACUCCGGACGGAACAGAAUAAAUCGUUUAAACGACGGAUACAGAUCGUGCCUGUUUUAUCGUGCAUGUAACAUGUGCGAUUUUCCAGAACCUUAUUCGUUUCGAUGUACACACGAAACUAUUGAAUUAAAAAUAUUAUAUUUAAACACUUGAAACACAUCCAAUAUCCCGCAUACCCGAAUCUACGUGUAAAAAUUAAAUUAGUUUUAUUUAUAAUGUAUUUUAUUACAUUUUAUGCACACUUAUACGAGCUGUCGACUGAGAAACAUACAAGCAAAUCAGUUUUGAUUUUAUACUUCGCUUUAGAUUAGGUUAGGGAAUCAAUUGUAUACAUAUUAUUUAUAUUCCAUAAUGACGUAUCGUACCUUUUGGAAUCAAUACAUAUCAGUUUAUUUAAAAUAAAAUAGAAAAUACAAAUAGAAAGAUAAUCCCAUUAAAUGAGUAGAUCAAUAUAAUAUUAUCUUUGAACUACAUGAACGUUUAUUUAACUGUUUGUUGUUUUACUAAAGGAUAUUAUAAUUUUUUUCCCGACAGUCGACUGGGGUGCUUUUGAAAAUCGCAGAGGCAGCAUAUUAUGCUGUCACUGUUGUCAGGCCUAUGAAUCGAGUCGGGUAUUCAGAAUUCUACUACGAUAAGAAGAACGAUUUUGUAUGUUUGGUUUGUGUAAACACCAAAACUCUUAGUUCAAACAAAUGUUAAUCUCCCAUCAAAUUAUAUUAUUAUUAAGCAUUGAACUAGGUAUAUUAUGGGUUGAUCGUACCAAUAAAAUAUUGUAAUGGCAAAUUCUUACAAGAUCAAAUCGAAUAACCAUUUAAAUUUGGUAGAAACUACCCGCGAAACAAUAUUCCAAAAGAACAUUGGAUUCUAAUAUCCUACGAGUAUACAGUCACACAAAUAUUUCUUUAUUUAAUUCUCACACCCUCAAGUAUGUUCUAAACACGUUUAGUUUAUAUCUAUCUAAUUUAUGAAGCAAAAUUUUUAAAUACUACAGAGAUUAAAAUUGGUGUUAUAUUGAUACAUUUUUUCCCCCCAUACCAAUAUUUUAGAUAAAGUUUUUAGAAAAGUUUAUAAUGUCCAUCUAUUAAUAUUAAUAGAUAUUUCCAAAUCAGACACAGAUGAUGGUGUUUCCCUGUCUCAAGAGAAUUAUUAUAAGGGACGGCUUUAAUUAGUAUAGAUAUAAAUAUAUUGGGCUCAGUGACUUUUUUUUUAUGCUAUUGGCCUUUAUACGAAUAUUAUAUUAGAUCUUUUGUUGAUCUUUUUUUUUCUUAAAUAUGGCCUUAGAACUUGCAUUUGUUGCAGAUCCCAUUCGAAUAUUAGUUGUAUAUGUUAUAAUAUAUUAUAAUUUAUGAUGACAUUUAAUUUUUUUCUUGAUACUGACAUAAUAUUUUUUUUCAGAUUAUGACGGUGUACAUUGAAUCAGUGAGAUCAGCACCAUGUGACAGUGACAGUAGUAGUUGUGAAGACAGCUGUGACAGCAAUUGCGGAAAAAAUAGUUGUGGUGGAGGUGGUGGUGGAGGUGGUGGUGGAGGUGGUGGUUGUGGCUGUGGUAAAGGCCAUGGUAAAGGUCAUGGCAAAAGCUGUGGUAAAAGCUAUAGUAAUGAUUGUGGUAAUGAUUGUGGUAAUGAUUGUGGCAAUGGUUGUGGCAAUAAAGGCAAUGGUUGUGGUGAUAAUGGUAAUGACUGUGGCGAUAAUAGUUAUGGAAACAAGAGUUGUGGCUGUGGAAACAAGGGAUGUGGCUGUGGUAGUGGUGGUGGUGGCGGUGGUGGCGGUGGUGGCGGUGGCGGCGGUGGUAAGAAAAACAGCUGUGGCUGUGGCUAUGGUGGUGGUGGUGGUGGUGGUGGUGGUGGUGGUGGAGGUGGUGGCGGUGGUGGUGGUGGUUACGAAUGUUAAAAAUAUAAAUACACCUUCCAAUCUACUGCAAAGG